UAUUUGAAACAGGAGAUUUAAUAAAAGCUAAUGUUUGAUCAAUAUAUCUGCCUUACAUGUUUGUUAAUGAAAGUUCACGGAUAUUGGUUAGUUUGCUUCAACUUAUUUGAUAGCAUGCUGCCAUUGUUUGACAUGUAAAACAUGAUGGUCAACUUGUUAAUUGUAUUUCUAUGAGCUAAAGGAUAUACCUUGAUGAACCUUAUCUAAAGACCCUUUACUAAAGCCAUCAUCCCCCUGGAAUGGACUUCAUAGAACAGAACAUGGUUGGCACCUGGGAGCACGUCAGCACUGAGGGAAUGGAACAGUUCCUUAGCAAGAUUGGUGCCUCACCAUUGGCAACCAGUAUCAUGCUGAGUAGCACACCCAGACUCACGUUUGAGGUCAAGGGGAGCGAGGUGGUAUCUACGAACGUGCCCACCCCAUCUACAGACCCCGACAUACUGAUCACGUACACAUUCAAACUGGACCAGGAAUUUGAGCUUAACUUAAAUGGACUGGAAGUGCAGAUGACCGUGACGUGUUCAGAUGGCAAGAUGACGCAGCUAGUUCGGUCACAGCGCCUCCAUAGCCACAGGAUAGAGUUCAGUAGACAUGAGAAGCAGUUAGUUCAGGCUUUCUGCUACACAGAUGAUGAUGGGGUAGAAACAAAAGCGACUUUGAAAUAUAAGCGCACUAAAUAGUCUAACCACAAGAGCUUUGUUUACAACAUCUAUAGUUAAAAUGACAUACAAUUACUGAGUGUGUAAAUAUAUAUGUUUCCAGCAACAAUUUAAUUAACAAUGACAUAUUAUUAUCAAAGCAGUAUUGAAAACAGCAGUAAAGUGGGCACUUUACUUAUUAUUUUUGCGCAUAAGCAUUAUUCUCAUCAAUGGGUACAUUCUGAUGCCAGUAAAAAAUCUGAGCAAUAAUAGCAUUUCCAUAUUCAUUGACUGGUGUGAUGUAAAUGACAUUUAUUAACUGGUGUAAUAUAAAUGACAUUAGUUGACUGGUGUAAUAUAAAUGACAGUAAUUGAUAUAAAUGACAUUGAUUGACUAGUGUAAUAUAAAUGACAUUAAUUUACUGAUGUAAUAUAAAUGACAUUCAUUGAAUGAUGGAUUGUAAAUGACAUCUUUUAGUGGUAUAAUGUAAAUGACAUUAAUUGACGGAUGUAAUGUAAAUGCAAUUGCUUGAAUGGUGUAAUGUAAAUGACAUUAUUUGAGUGGUGUAUUGUUAAAGUCAUUUAUUGACUGGUGAAAUGCAAAUGCCUUUCCUUAACUGGUGUAAUAUAAAUGCCUUUCCUUGACUGGUGUGAUGAAAAUGAUGUUCCUUGACUGGUGUGAUUUCAAUAACAUUCAUUCGCCUGAUGUAAUGUAAAUGACAUUCAUUUGACUGGUGUAAUGUAAAUUACAUUAUUUAGACUAGUGUAAUGUCAAUGACAUUCAUUUGACUAGUGUAAAGUGAAUGACAUUUAUUUGCCUGGUGCAAUGUAAAUCACAUUCAUUUGACUAGUGUAAUGCAAAAACACUCAUUUACUGGCGCAUUGUAAAUGAUAUGUAUUGGAUUGGUAAUGAGCAGGGGUCCACUAGUGAAUGGUAUUUAAUGGUGGGCUGCUAGAUUUUGUGAGAAAUUAUAUACGUUCUUUCUACAAAAGGUUUUGAAAAAGCUAGAGUGGGCAUCUGUAGCAACAAUUGCCAAAAUGUUGGUUUCUAACCCUGCAGCUUAUAUCAUUCAAUUGUUACUGCAGACAAAUAUGUGAAUGCAAAAUAUAUAUUGUAUUUUGUAAGUUUUUAAAUGUUAAUAAAAUAUUGAAAUAUA